AUGAAGAAGGAAGUUGCAGAAUUUGUUGGGAAGUGCCUCAAUGGCCAAAAGAUUAAAGCGGAGUGUUGGAAAGUCAAGGGGUUGGUACAACCAUUGGAAGUUCCACAAGGAAAGUGGGACUCUAUAUCUAUGGAUUUUGUGGGAGCCAACCGUUUGGCGUUGCCCAUGGAAUUGGAGAGAGUGCACAACGUGUUCCACGUAUCACAGCUCAAGAGAUAUGUUCACGACCCAGCUCAUGGUUUACCACCGGAAGUAAUACCGUUAGAUGAGGACUUGACUUAUGAGGAGAGGCCGCUGAGAAUUCUAGACUUCAAGACUCGGGACACACGUAGGAAGUCUGUGAAGAUGGUGAAAGUUUGGUGGACACAUCAUGGGGUUGAGGAAGCUACUUGUGAGCUGGAGUCAACCAUGCGGGAGCAGUAUCCAAAGUUGUUCUUAGCAGUGGUUAGCUAG